CUGAGGACUUGUACAAGAGAACAACUCCGAUAAACCAAGAGGAAGUAUGCUUUAAUGUGCUUUUAUCUGCGGGGUUUGUCGAUGUGAGACGGUCUGAACCACAGCUGUCAUGAGCACCAAACUGAAAUUAUACUGAACCUGCAACAAUGUCCAACGCACAGGUUGAGAUACCAGGACGCGGAUUCCCCGGCCUCCAUAUGGAUAUGUCAGAGCCCCGAGUCCCGUCCGUGCUCAGGACGCACGGACUGGGCGCAAGAAGGAACUCUUAUGGGCUGCAGAAAAUCAGCAUGGACCUGGAUUCGCCUCUUUACAGCGGCGUUCUUUCCAAAACUUUGUCGUGGUCCGCCGAAAACAUCCUGACACUAACAGAGUCCAGGGUAGAGGAAGAGAAGGCCGAGGAAGAGUCACCCCAGUCGCCCUCACCCGUCUCCAGCCCGGGCCCUUGCACCCUCACGCCCCCCACGCAGCCGGACACCACACACCACGAGGCGGACUGGGAGCGCCGGCCCCGGGGGCAGGAGGCCAGCUCGGACUCUGACAGUGAACUGGCCCAGACCAAACAGCAAAAGAACCUCUCCCGGAUCCCAUUUGAUACUCAGUGGGAGCAGGAGGAGAAGGAGGACCUGGAGACCAAAGCCGUGGCGACGUCUCCUGAUGGAAGAUAUCUAAAGUUCAACAUAGAGAUCGGGCGGGGGUCUUUCAAGAACGUGUACAAAGGACUGGACACGGAGACCACAGUGGAGGUGGCGUGGUGUGAGCUGCAGACCCGUAAACUGACCAAAGCUGAGCGUCAGAGGUUCAGUGAGGAGGUGGAGAUGCUUAAAGGGCUGCAGCAUCCCAACAUCGUGCGCUUUCACGACUCGUGGAAGUCCACUGUGAAGGGCCACAAGUGCAUCAUCCUGGUGACCGAACUCAUGACAUCAGGAACCCUCAAAACGUACCUGAAGAGGUUCAAAGAGAUGAAGCUGAAGCUGCUUCAGCGCUGGAGCAGACAGAUCCUCAAAGGGCUUCACUUCCUGCACACGCGGAGCCCUCCCAUCAUCCACCGCGACCUCAAGUGUGACAACAUCUUCAUCACUGGACCAACCGGCUCCGUCAAGAUCGGGGACUUGGGGCUCGCCACGCUCAAAAGUGCCUCAUUCGCUAAAAGUGUCAUUGGAACUCCUGAAUUUAUGGCCCCAGAGAUGUACGAGGAGAAGUACGAUGAAGCUGUGGAUGUUUACGCUUUGGGAAUGUGCAUCCUGGAAAUGGCCACCUCCGAGUACCCAUACUCCGAGUGCCAAAACGCCGCUCAGAUCUACCGCAAAGUCACCAGUGGGAUUAAGCCUGACAGUUUCUACAAAGUGAAAGUCCCAGAACUCAAAGAAAUCAUUGAAGGCUGUAUUCGGAUGAACAAAGAUGAAAGGUACACUAUUCAGGACCUGCUGGAUCACCCGUUCUUCCAGGAGAACAAUGGCGUCCAUGUUGAACUGGCUGAAGAGGACGACACGGUGAAGCCGGAGCUCAAACUGUGGCUGAGAAUGGAUGAUACCAAAAAACUCCACGGAAAAUACAAGGACAACAACGCCAUCGAGUUCCUGUUUGAGCUGUACAAGGAUGUCCCUGAGGAGGUGGCCCAGGAGAUGGUGGUGCUUGGUUUCGUUUACGAGGCCGACUUCAAAAUCGUCGCUAAGGCCAUUCGGGACCGCGUGUCCGCCAUCAAACGCCAGAGAGAGAAGCUAAGACGUGUAGCCGAAGAGCGCAAACGAAAACAAGAACAGGAAGCUAUCGAGGAAGAACCAGAGAUGCCCCAACCUCCGGCUUCACCCCAGGUCAACGGGGUCACUUCUCCAGACUCCCCCAUUCCGCCCAUGCAGAGCCCCCCUGCGCCCGUACUGUCCCCCAUCACCAGCUCCGCGGACUCGGGCGUGGGGUCUUCCUUUCCCCCUGAACCGGAGGAGCCCGAGGCAGAUCAGCAUUUCCACAUACGACACAACAGUCUGUCCUCGGCUAAUUCUGACUGUGAGACGGACGGGUAUCUGAGCCCCUCCGGACUGCAGGACCCCCUCGAAGGUCCCCGGACCCCCCCUACGGCACGAGCAAACCCACAUGCAGCUAAUGGACUGGCCAUACCGGCACUGCGUUUCCCCUCGAGCAUCGCCGUAUCCAGCAACACUGAGCACAGCAACUCAGGUCCCUCAAGUGGCCUUAACUCUCCCGUGGACAGCUAUGGCUCCGAUGUGAUGUCCGGGCUCAGUGACGGAUACGAGGGUCUGACGGAGAAGAAUGAGAAACCAGCAGCCAGAAGAACCGCUGCCAAACUGUUCAGGAGACGAGCACGAUCUAGACUUCGCAUCACCGGGCUCUCUGAUAAAGUGGACCGAGUGGUGGAGUGCCAGCUUCAGACCCACAAUGACAAGAUGGUCACAUUCAAAUUUGACCUGGACGGAGACAGCCCCGAGGACAUUGCCGCUGUGAUGGUGCACAAUGAGUUCAUCUUGCCGUCGGAGAAGGAGGGCUUCAUCUAUCGAAUGGGUGACAUCAUCAAGCGUGCUGAGGCGCUGAUGGCAAAAGAGCAGCCCCCCGGUCAUUCCAGCGCACACAGACCUCCACAGACAAGCUUCCACAGCGGAGUCAACUCUCUGUCUGCCUCUCAGCCAAAUCUCCACAGUCACGGCAUAUCUCGAACCCAUUCCUCCUCCUCGCUGCCUGAUUUUAGUGUGGCUAACUCAGGUACAGGGGCACACAGCCCGAGCCUGUGCCCCAAAGGAGACGCUUCAACUAAAGGAAAUGUUUUACCUGCACGGCCUCUCAUGCGCUCCCAGUCUUUCCACUACACUCCAGGAUCUCCUCUGCACCAUUACGCCCACCCUCAUCACCCCUCGUCUUUAUACCCCCAUCACCAACAGCACUACCACCUCCCCUACAUGGGCCACACUCACUUCCCCUUCCCUUACCCCGGCUCCCCCGGCUCCUCCUCCCCCAAACCCUCUGCGGGACCCCCCCACGCCCCCCUCACACGCGUCGCCAGCAACCCCAACUUCCCAUCAGUCCCUUCACCUUCUCCGGGAUCUCCCAUCAUGCAAAUGGAGACCAGUCCGACCUCUGGUAGCGCCGAGAAUCUCAACUUGAACCACCCAAGUCCACAAACAAUAUGGCCCCCGCAUACUCAGCCGUUAUUUUCUCUGGCUAAUGUGAUUUCGAUGGCGAUGAGCAUGGCGCAGUCUUUUAUACCGCCUGCGAGCAUAACUGCGCAAGGCUUGCAUUCGUAUCCAGGUUACCAUCCGCACCUUCCCCCUCAUAUGCAACCCCAAACCGGAUACCCGCCCCAGUACCAACCCCAGUACCCCCCCAGCGGGAUGGAAGUACCCUAUACUAACGCAAACAUCCCACCAACCUACCAUAACACAGAGAACACCCAACAAAUACCAUGGCAACAGCCUUUCUCGCCUCCGUCCUUCCCUUCUACGCCCCCAAUGCCCAGACACGAGCAACCACAACAAACUGACGUACAAGUUUCUUCAAAUGGCACCCAAGUUGACAAUAAUCACAAUUUCACUGCUGCUAAAACUGAUAUCAUGAGUUCAACCUCUUCAUCCGAUCUUUCCUCUUCACCAAGCGAAAGCCCCCAAAACACCUUAUCAUCCCUGAGCUCUCCAAUAACCCCCACUGUGAGUGAAAUGGUCUGCAGUAGUCCAAAACCAACUCCCUCUCCGUCCAGCUCGGUCCCAAACUCUCCCCAGACCAUCGGCCGCUUCCAAGUGAGCCCCAGCAUCGACCUCCCUGAACCCCAGUCACCCCCCAUCCUCCCCAACAGUCCUGCCGCUUCUACUGCUACCCCACCUCCAGAGGGCGCCCAUAACACCACAUCAGAGACCAGCACGGACCAGGCCGAAUCCGAGACAAGUCUUGCCACGUCCCUUACACUGUCCCCCCCUCAAACCCUACAACAAAGAUCUGGGACGACGCAAGAAGUCCAGAAUGCGUGGUCCAUAAGCCAGGACCAACAAGCAGAGGAUGAGGAAGAAGAUGAAGAGUGUGAAGUAGAGGAUAGGCAAAGGGUUAGGAAACGAAACAGGAGGAGAGCGAAUAGUUUGAGUCUCAUGGGGACGUCGGCGGACAGCGGGCUCUCGGUGACUGUGGCUGAAAUGGAGGGGCGGAUGUGGGAUGGGGCGUCGGGGAGCCCUCAGUACAGUAACGCUCUGCACCAUUUGUGGAUGAUGACGUAUAAUCGCAACACAGCCUACAUGAGCAGUGACGAUUCAGACAGUGAAGACGAGGAGAUGCUGGAGGAGCUGCAGGAGCUCAGAGAGAAGCAUCUAAUUGAGGUGCAGGCCCUCCAAGCCGCUCAGAAGAGAGAGAUCGAGGAGUUGUAUGAGAAAAUGGGUAAAGUCCCUCCUCCGGGCAUCGUGUCCCCAGCGGCCAUGUUCUCCAACCGUCAGCGCAGACUGUCCAAAGGCAACGGUUACCCCUCCUCCAGAAGAAACAGCCUGCAGAGACUGGAGGUGCUGCCCCUUCAAGGUAUCAUAAGGAGGAACUCUUUGGGCGGCAGCAGCAGUGGUUCACAGGAUAAACCCAGCAAAGGGGUCACUUUCGCCGCAGAGAUCAACAGAAUGUAAGAAAUCCAACCACACAAGCUGGUUGUUUUAGCUACCUCAAAUGAACUGUCACUGCAGCGUUCCCUUCUUUCUUCAGCCAGUGUUUCCAGUCAUCACCAAUCAUCAAUUACUUCAAGCUCAAACCAGCGGAAAACCAGCGCUCAAAAUUAAUAAUAAUUUUGUGUCAUGGUUAAACUGUAAACUAGCUACAACAGGUUUUAUGGUUCGAAUCAACUUCAUACGGUUGCACAAAUUGCUGUAUACUAAUAGAUUUACCCAAACGCAGUGAAGUUCAGGUACAAAGUGCUACUUGCUGUUUUUCUCAAUACACUGGUACUGAAUUUUACACAGAUUAGAUAGAUUGUGCACCCUCAGCCGCAACACUGCUAUUAGAAUCUAUGACAAAUAUCAUAGGAUAACUGAUGACUUUCAAAGCAACUAUACUGAACAUAUGGAGAUCUUCACGUGUGGGAUGAAGUUGUGCUGUAUGAUGUAUAUAAGUGUAAUAUAUCUGAACAAUUUUAUGUGAACUCUCAUAUUGACACACUGAGCUCUCUGCAUCUGUGGAGACAGAUUUUGAUCGGUUACAGUAAAAUGUGGUAUUUUUUUGUGCAUGGAACUAAACAUUUAUUUUCAGGCCUUGUUGUUGGCGGUUAGGUCCUAUAAGCAGAAAGUGAGCCGCUUUAGUGAAUGUUACGCAAUGUUUGAGAAAUAUGGCUGUUUGAACCAGGACUUUUUGUAAAUAUUCUGCUUAGAUUUUAGACUACUGGGUUCCUGUUACUUGUAUAGUUGUAUAUAAAUGAGUGCAUUCAUGUUUACAGUGUAAGAGUAAACCCGAUUUUUCAAAAACUUAUUUUUGCAGAACCUUUUUAAUAGAUAAAGCACAUAGUGCACUUUAGUGGAUUGUACGUCAUUAAAAGUUCAAAGGAUUUUCCUUUAUGAGGACAUAUGAUUCUUUUACCGCAAAGAUACAACUGACACUCCCCAAUAUAUUUUAUUAUAAUAUUCUCUGCUGGAUCAAAAUGACAGUUCCACUUGUGAAUGUUUAACUGUCAUUGCCUUAUAAAAACAAAAACACUGAAUGUUUCAGUGGAGGGUCUGCAAAAUAUCCAAAGACUAUAAUAUAUUCAAUGAAAGUGAUUACUGUACAACUGUUAAAUGAAUGUAAAUAUAUGAAUGUCCUGCUUUCUGAAGCUGCUGUCCUGCCAUGCUGAAUUUGUGCCUUUCCCUCAUAAUGUCUUAUUUUAUAUUUUUACUCUAGAUUGAUUUCAGAUCAGAAUAUUGUCAAAUUUUAAAAUGCAAAAUAAAUGAAUCUGUAAAUACAU